CUUCUCGAUUACCGUAUUGAAGAAGUCUAUUCCCGGGACCCGUGCUCCCGCGAGAUCGCGAUCGUUUUUAAAAAAAUAUUAUUGAGUUUUUUAAUGUUUGUUUGUUAUUAAGUCUCUGGAAACGCGCUGGUAAUUAAGAUGUGGAAGCUCUUGUGGGCCGCCACGAUUGUGGCGGUUAUUUCCACGUGCCAUGUUGACGCAAAGAGCAAGAGGGCGAUUGAAAGCUACCCGAGGCCUCAAAAAAAUAGCGAUGGAUAUUUUUACGAUCGGCCGGACAAACCUUUUACACUACCAACUGAGAAGCCUCCUAGACCACCACCACCGCCAACGAGACCUCCACAGACGAGGCCGCCAGUAGAGCCGACGAGACCUCCAAGGCCAACACCUCCUCCACAAACUAGACCACCCCCACCUCCUCCGCCACCAACAUCACGGCCACCACCUGAGUACAUUUAUCCUACACCUAGUGAACCUUUCACGUAUAGGCCACCACCUCAGACUAGACCACCACCACCUCCUCAGACUAGACCUCCACCUCCGCCUCAAACUAGGCCACCACCUCCGCCUCAAACUAGGCCACCACCUCCUCCUCAAACUAGACCUCCACCACCUCCUCAAACUAGACCUCCACCACCUCCUCAAACUAGACCUCCACCACCUCCUCAAACUAGACCUCCGCCACCACCUCAAACUAGGCCACCGCCACCACCACCAACAUCAAGACCUCCACAAGAAUACACAUAUCCUACACCCAGUGAACCUUUCACGUAUAGGCCACCUCCUCAAACUAGACCUCCACCACCCCCACAAACUAGACCACCACCUCCUCCUCAAACUAGACCACCACCUCCUCCUCAGACUAGACCUCCACCACCUCCUCAAACUAGACCUCCGCCACCACCUCAAACCAGACCACCACCGCCACCAACAUCAAGACCUCCACAAGAGUACACAUAUCCUACACCUAGUGAACCUUUCACAUUUAGGCCACCUCCUCAAACUCGACCUCCACCACCUCCUCAAACUCGACCUCCACCACCUCCUCAAACUAGACCUCCACCACCCCCACAAACUAGACCACCACCUCCUCCUCAAACUAGACCACCACCUCCUCCUCAAACUAGACCUCCACCACCACCUCAAACCAGACCACCUCCACCCCCGCCAACAUCAAGACCCCCAGAAGAAUAUACAUAUCCUACACCUAGUAAGCCUUUUACCUACGGGCCACCUCCCCAAACCAGACCGCCACCUCCUCCACAAACUAGACCAACACCUCCUCCACAAACUAGACCUCCACCGCCUCCACAAACCAGACCCCCACCACCUCCUCAGACUAGACCUCCACCUCCCCCACAAACUAGACCACCACCACCUCCCCAAACCAGACCACCACCACCUCCACAAACCAGACCACCACCUCCUCCACAAACCAGACCACCACCACCGCCAACAUCACGGCCACCACCAGAGUACACAUAUCCCACACCGAGGGAACCUUUUACAUUCAAGCCUCAGCCAACACAACCACCGAGGCAAACACAGCCUCCACCAGUGAAAAAUACACCACCACCUCAACAACCGCCGUACGACUAUCCAGUCCCGGAUAAAGUUUUCCCUCCGGUUCAACAAACAACAAGACGUCCACCCCCACCGACCACUCCUCGGCCGCCACCACCGUUUGAAUUUACCAGGAGACCAACAACUUCCCAGCCGGAGCCUCCACCAUUUGAAUUCACGAAGAGACCACCACCACAGCAACCACCAACAAGGCCACCCUACAACCCUCCAACACAAAAACCACCAACAAGACCUCCUUACAGUCCACCACCACAGCAACCACCAACAAGGCCACCGUACAAUCCGCCAUCCCAACCACCACCAACAAGACGACCACCACCAUACCAGCCACCGGCGACCAACCCACCGGAAUAUCUUCCACCAGAUCUUCCUAAAACAACACGAUAUGUGCCUUCAACAACUCAAAGACCAAUAACACAAAGGCCAACAACCCAAAGGCCAACAACUCAGAGGCCAACAACCCAAAGACCAACAACUCAGCGACCAACAACUCAGAGGCCGGUAACUCAAAGACCAACGACUCAGAGGCCAGUAACUCAAAGACCAACAACUCAACAACCGUAUCAACCGUCUCCAAAUGAUUUCGUAACACGAGUCACAAACUAUCCGACCACUACAAGAAGGCCUGCAACCAGACCAACGACCAAUGCACCAGAAUAUCUGCCACCAGUUACAGAAAGAACAACACGAUAUGUUCCGCCAGUCACUGAAAGAACAACAAGAUACGUUCCACCAGUAACUGAACGCACAACAAGAUACGUUCCACCAGUAACUGAAAGAACUACUACUAGGAUUCCAUACAGGCCUCCGUCAACUAAUCCACCAUUUACGGAGAGGACAACACGAUACGUGCCACCAGUUACAGAGAGGACAACUCGAUAUGUUCCACCAGUUACAGAAAGAACCACAAGAUAUAUCCCACCAGUAACUGAACGUACAACAAGAUAUAUACCACCAGUAACGGAAAGAACAACAAGAUACAUACCUCCAGUAACUACAACUACCCCAAGACCAACACGUAGAUCAACUACACCAGCAGAAUACCUUCCUCCUCUAACUAAAGCAACUCAACCACCAACUAGACCAACCCAACCUCCAACCAGACCCACUCAACCUCCAACUAGACCAACUCAACCACCAACUAGACCAACUCAGCCACCAACUAGACCAACUCAGCCACCAACUAGACCAACUCAACCUCCAACUAGACCAACCCAACCACCAACAAGACCAACUCAGCCACCAACAAGACCAACACAACCACCAACUAGACCAACACAACCACCCACUCCACCAGUAACUAGACCAACCCAACCACCAACUAGACCAACCCAACCUCCAACCAGACCAACCCAACGUCCAGAAACAAGACCACCGCCUUACUUACCUCCGUCAUCACCCAGACCGACCUACUCCACCGUCACCGCACCUCCAUUCCCAACCGUCGUCUACAGCUCGACCUUCAGUACAGUAACCUACAGACCUCCAACGGGUAAGCCCGUUCCUCCCCCAACUUUACCUCCCCCAACAUUCAGACCCACAGGUUACCACUACGACAUUCCCGACAUUCCCUUCGAAUUUCGCAAACGUUAAAAAAUAAAAAAAUAUAAAUAAAAAUUAUAAUAAUUAAUUAAUUAAUUAAAUUUGCGAAACUGCCUUACUUUAUAUAUUAAGAACUAAAAAUUAACAUUUUUAUAAAUUAAUUAAUUAUUAUAUUAAUAUUAAUGAUUGUAAAUGUAAGAUUUAAAGUUAUAAAGUUAAACAGAGAUAUAAUUCACUAUUUUUGUCAUAUGCACAUAUCAUUUAAUUUCAAGAUACCACCAGAUUGUCUGAAAUCCGACUAAACUUUAUAAUUUUUUUUUUUUAUACUCCGACUACUGAUUACUGUAAAAAAAAAGUGUAAUUAAAUAAGUUUAAUUGCAUAAAAAAAAUAAAAGUUUUUUUUUCUAAAAUUCAUUAGAUUGUUAUUAAAAUAAUUAUCCCAUAAUUAUCUCCUUCUUAAUCAACAUAA